CUCCCCGCCCCUCUAGCGGGACAGCUGCUGGCUCGCUGGGAUCCCGAGAGCUGCCUGGCUGCAGGCGGCGGGCCGGGCCCCGGUGGGUGCGCUGCGGCGGGCACCAUGGUGCUGUCGGUGCCCGUGAUCGCGCUGGGCGCCACGCUGGGCACGGCCACCAGCAUCCUCGCGCUGUGCGGGGUCACCUGCCUGUGCCGGCACAUGCACCCCAAGAAGGGAGUGCUGCCGCGGGACCUGGACCCCGACCCGGAGAAGGCGAAGCCGGGCGUGCUCCAGCCAGACCAACAGUUUAAUGUUAAAAAAUCCACGGAACCUGUCCAGCCACGAACCCUCCUCAAGUUCCCAGACAUCUAUGGUCCCAGGCCAGCUGUGACAGCUCCAGAGGUUAUCAACUAUGCAGACUACACGCUGAGAUCUACGGAAGAGCCCGCAGCACCUGCCAGCCCCCAGCCCUCAAGCGACAGUCGCCUCAAGAGGCAGGUCACAGAAGAGCUGUUCAUCCUUCCUCAGAAUGGGGUGGUGGAGGAUGUCUGUGUCAUGGAGACCUGGAACCCAGAGAAGGCUGCCAGCUGGAACCAGGCCCCCAAACUCCACUACUGUCUGGACUAUGACCAGCAGAAGGCAGAAUUGUUUGUGACCCGUCUGGAAGCAUUGUCCAGUGACCACGACGGGGGCUGUGACUGCUAUGUCCAAGGCAGUGUGACCAACAGGACUGGCUCUGUGGAGGCCCAGACCACUCUAAAGAAACGGCAGCUGCACACGACCUGGGAGGAGGGCCUGGUGCUCCCCCUGGCAGAGGAGGAGCUCCCCAAGGCCACCCUGACGCUGACCCUGAGGACCUGUGACCGCUUCUCUCGCCACAGCGUGGUUGGGGAACUCCACCUGGGCCUGGAUAGAAUGUCUGUGCCUCUGGGGGUUGCCCAGUGGGGUGAGCUGAAGACUGCAGCUAAGGAGCCGUCUGCAGGAACUGGAGAGGUCCUUCUGUCCAUCAGCUACCUCCCAGCUGCCAACCGCCUCCUGGUGGUGCUGAUUAAAGCCAAGAACCUCCAUUCUAGCCAGUCCAAGGAGCUCCUGGGAAAGGAUGUCUCUGUCAAGGUGACCUUGAAGCACCAGGCUCAGAAGCUGAAGAAGAAGCAGACAAAACGGGCCAAGCACAAGAUCAACCCUGUGUGGAAUGAGAUGAUCAUGUUCGAGCUGCCUGAUGACCUGCUGCAGGCAUCCAGUGUGGAGCUGGAGGUGCUGAGCCAGGACGAGAUGGGGCAGAGCUGUGCACUUGGCCGCUGCAGCCUGGGGCUGCACACUUCUGGCUCUGAGCGCAGCCACUGGGAGGAGAUGCUCAAAAACCCACGCCGGCAGAUCGCCAUGUGGCAUCAGCUGCACAUGUAGCCAGCCGCAUGGCCGCCUCCCUUCCUGGGCAGUUCUGGCUGUCCUUUCAACCUACUCUUUUUGCCCUGUCCUCCAUUCUGCCACCCAGAAGACAGAGACAGACGUGUUUGCAAAGGGCAGGACCCCUUCCUCUCAUAACACUUCUGUUUCUAAGAAAUAAGCAAGGCCAGGCAAUGUGUGGAUGUAGGACAUUCGGGUCACACUGAGGGAUGCAAUUUACUCACCUGCUAUUGAGAGAGACAUUUACCAAAUGCAACUCAUGUGCCCAUUUUACAGGUAGGGUUAGGCCAGUUAUAUUUGGGGAAUAAUGGAUGCAAAGAAGAAUUUUGCUUUUUAAAAAUAAGCUUUUCAAAAAUGCUGAAGGAAAUAAAAGUUAUCCUGGAUCAACUCCUAGAAUUGGAGAUUGUCCAGGUGGGAUGAAACUUUGGGCAGCAUUAAGUAAAGUUCCCCAUGUGAGGUGGUCACCUAGUACAGUCACCAGCAGGUCCUUGGCCCCACCUGGACAGUUCCAAGUCAGUAUUCCUGGUUGAAGCUCAGGAGCCUUCAUUUCUAACAAGCCCUGGGAUGGGGGGGCGGGAUCUGAAGUAGAGGGCACCAUGCUGCACUUGGAGAAAUUCCUUCAACAAUGUCCUAGACAGGUUUUCAACCAUAGUCCUUGAUGAGGGUCCCAGCACCAUGGGGCAGCCAUUAUCAGUGCUUGGGCACCUCAACCAUCUGGGGCCUCCGUUUUUUAUUUAUUUUAAUUCUUUGUAUUUGUGCUUUUUAGAUCCUGUUCUUAGAUUGAAUUUGUGCUUUUUAUUGAAGAAAUUUGUUUUAUUUUAUAAUCAGUUUAUACCAUUCUUGGGGAGACCUUCCCUGACAAAGUAUAGGUGGAAUCCUUUGUUAGUCACUAGAUCCUGAAUGCGAAUUGUCACAUCUACCAGCGUCACCAAAGUGACCCUCUGAGAUAGACCCAUCCCUUCUCAGCAUGCCAGUCACUUUGGAAGGAAUUUAGUUAUUAAGUUAUUUGGUUACAUCUGGCUAUAUGGAGAUGGCGAUAGAAGGUAACUUUAAAAAGGAAAUAAGAUCUUUUGCAAAUGUGCCUCCUUCCUCCCUCAAUUUCCAGGAGCUAUAACUUUAUUUGGUAAAUAACCAGCAGCUAGAUUUCGAAUUCCUACCUUGUGAUUCCAAGUAGAUGCCCACAUCGUUAAUUAAAUCUAAAUUAUGAGGUUUGUUGAGUGGAUCUAUUACUCACCCAUGAACCAGGAUUCCUGGAUUUUGUUGUCGUCCUUGCCCUUCAGAAUUCCAGUUUGCAUCUGUAAAAUGGGACUAACGGCAGGGAACCCUGUGAAUGGUGUGAUGAAUAAAGUAGUGUCCAAAGCUGUCAGCACUCCUUGCCUAAAAACAAACUCUGAGGCCACCAAACAAAUCAUCUUGAAGCUAGGUUACUAUUUUUACUUUAAGUUGGCAGCUGAGAAUGUCCAGAAAGCACCAGAACCAUCUCAAGCAUUCCCAGAAUGAUGGAUUCUGCAUUUGGGAUCCUCUAAUACUAACAUCCAAACUCUAAGCCUUCAGAUGACACUCUAGUUCCCGAUCUAAGCUAGAAUUUCUAGGUGAGGUGGGUAAGGGCUUAAUUCCUUCAACAAGUCAAUUCAUCCUUGGCCGCUUCUUGAGAAUAAGAGCAGGGGCCUUAGAAUUUUCGGUCAUUAUUUUUCCUUUCUAUACAAAAAUUGAUAAGCAUUAGAAGUAACUUCUACCCAUCCUCUGAAGAAACAGAAAAAAUGCCUAGUCCCUCUUUAAUGGGAAAGACAAUUAGAAACCUUGAUCAUUAAGGUUGUUUGGCCCCUGCCAAGUGUUUUUAGGAAAAGCAUUUGUUAGUGGUUUCCUGUAACAUAUUUUUUGUGAUCCCCUUACCAUACUGCUCUCUUCUUUUUGGUUAGCAUGGCUAAAAGAGAACAAAACGUUCCUUACAUAAGCUGAAAGCUGACCGGCAUUCUCUUUCUGGCAACAUCUGUUCCUCCAAUCUAGAAAAGUUUGGAUUCUAGACUAAAAAUAAGGAAACAUAGGUUAUAUUUCCUUAUAAAUCUAUGCACCAGCCUUAUAGUCCUGUCAAAGGAAUUUGAGGUGGGCUGGGCAGGACGCCUGAUCCUAGAGUAUCAUUCCCCCAUGAAGCAUCCAUCUUGUGGGAUCUUAAAGAUUCAAUCUUCCAGAAUCCAGAUUAAAGGUUGCCCCUGACAGGAGCCAUAUUCCAUUACAGAACAUCGUAGGUGGAGCUGGUCACCUAGCUUGGCGGGGAUGUGCAGAAAUGAGAUGUGUUUUGAAGGGGCUUGUCUGUUGUGUUUCAGUCCCUAGGAUAAAGCUAACUCAUGGAUGCUUCAUAAGUACUUGUUGAAUGAUUUAAGGAUGGAUGGGGAAUAAAGGUAUAUACAGAAAAAAGACAUUGCAAAUGGCAUAACAAAUAGAAUCCUAUCUGAGUUCUCAAUGGUACAGGCAUCAGACAUCUCAGCAGUUAGCCUAGAAAUUCAUAACAUUGAGUAUUACUAUUUGCCUAAUGACAAUUCAUAGCUCCUUGUGUAAGUGUAAUUAACAAAAGAAGAGAAUGGAAGUGCUGUGCUUUUCCACCAAAAUUCCAUCUUAGUGAAUUUUAAAUUACCCAGAGAUGUCAGACUGCCGAGUCAAAAUACUUUAGUAAUCUCUGCUUCAGCUUACCUGGUACAUUUGCAAUUUACUAUUGAAUUAGAGUAAUUGAGUCUAUGUGAACACAUCCAAUUGUUUUUGAAAAAACACCUUGUACAAUGCCAGAGAAAAUUUUCUAAGAGGGGUGUGAAGCAGAGGUGAAAAUAAAGUGAGAGACGAUUUCAGACUGGGUUGUUGCCCCAAAGGUGGUCAGGUUCUUUCAUGAGAUCUGUGUAUGGGGAUAGUGAAUUAGGAGCCCUCCCUAACCUGGGACUCCAUUUCUUACAUCAAAUCAAUAUCUAUUUGUUGAGUGCUUAUUAAUCAAGACCUUGCACGUGUCUGUCCAUUUUGACUUAUGAUUUUCUGUGUGGGUUGACUGAUAAGUCACCCCAAACAAAGCUGGGCAGAGAGAGCAACCUUGGAGAGCAGUUCUUCCGGGUCCAUUCCUCUUGGAUGGAAAGGAGUCCUGGGGGAAAGGCAUUGUUGCCUAAACCAACAGUCCUUGUGAUCUGUUUCUGCCUUCUGUGUUUCCUGAUGUCCAAUGCUUAAGUGUGUGUUUUGCAGUCACGAAACGAAGCACAAAAAGACGCAUGAGAUGUUGUAGUCAUAUGUCUGGUGUCACACUUCGGAGCAAAAACCUUGCAGUGGUAAAUAAAUCAUUUCCAAUGGG